AUGGAGGAGGAGAGCGGCAGGGGGCCACCGCAGCACCACUUCGUGCUGGUGCACGGCGUCUGCCACGGCGCGUGGUGCUGGUACAGGGUGACCACCCUCCUCACCUCCGCGGGCCACCGCGUCACGGCGCUGGACAUGGCGGGGUGCGGCGCCAGCCCCGUGUGCGGCGAUGAUGUGGCGUCCUUCGAGGACUACAGCCGGCCGCUCCUGGACACGGUGGCCGCGCUGCCGCCUGGGGAGCAAGCGGUCCUCGUCGGACACAGCUUCGGCGGCCAGAGCCUCGCGCUGGCCAUGGAGAGGUACCCUGACAGAGUCGCCGUCGCCGUGUUCGUCUCCGCCGCCAUGCCCGCCGCCGGCAAGCCUAUGGCGCUCGUCUUGGAAGAGUUUUCCAAAGAAACGGGGCCAGAUUUCUACAUGGACUGCACAUACAGCGCCAGCAGCAAUCCUGAGUAUCCGGUGGAGACACUUCUGCCAGGGCCAGAGUACUUAGCCAAGAGAUUGUACCAGCUCAGCCCUCCUGAGGAUCUGACCUUGGCAAAGGCGAUGGUGAGGCCAUCCCGAUCGUUCCAGGACGACGGGAUGCUGCAGAGGAACAACGUGCUGACGGCAGACAGGUACGGCGCCGUGAGGCGGGUGUGCGUCGUCGCCGAGGACGACGCGUCGUGGUCGGCGGAGUUCCAGCGUCGCGUGGCCUCGUGGAGCCCCGGCACCGAGGUGAGGGGCCUGCAGGGAGCUGAUCAUAUGGUCAUGCUCUCCAAGCCAACGGACCUCUCGGACCUACUUGUUGAGAUAGCCAACAUGUAG